CAGCUCCCGUCGUUCACCUACAAGAGCCGGCUCUUAGAGUCGACUCAUUCGCGAACGACCCAUCACUAAUUCAUACUGUACAUCCUCAAAGUUUUAAGAUGCCACGAGGGUCAACAAUAACAACCUGUGUGGGCUGCAAAGCAGCUAUUGGUGUGGCCACCAAGACCUGCAAAUAUUGCCAGUCUGUACAGCCAAGAAAGCAAAGACUGGCAAAAAAACUUAAGAAAUUUGAGGACAGAAAGGAGAACUGGUUAAAAAACCAAAACAAAAACCAAACCACCUCUCAUGUUAUUGAUGAGGCAUCUGUCUUGGUCGAAAAGUUAAACACAUUGGGGUACAAGGCCAUAGUCUUCAUUGGAAAGAAAACAAAGAAGCAGAAAACCUGGUCCGCACAAGUCCUCCAGCCAAAAUGGCAGCUAUCAGACCAGUCUGAAAAAUGCCUUGACAGGAUGAAGGCUCUUUAUGAACUGUUAAUUAAUGGUUGUACUAACCAGCAGCCCCCCAUCCAUCCUCCUCCCAUCCAGCCCAUCACCUGUCCUCCUCCCAUCCAGCCCAUCACCAGUCCUCCUCCCAUCCAGCCCAUCACCUGUCCUCCUCCCAUCCAACCCAUCACCAGUCCUCCUCCCAUCCAGCCCAUCACCAGUCCUCCUCCCAUCCAGCCCAUCACCAGUCCUCCUCCCAUUCAGUCCAUCACCAGUCCUCCUCCCAUCCAGUCCACCAUCCAGUCCAUCACCAGUCCUCCUCCCAUCCAGUCCACCAUCCAGUCCAUCACCAGUCCUCCUCCCAUCCAGCCCAUCACCAGUCCUCCUCCCAUCCAGUCCACCAUCCAACUCACCACCAGUCCUCCCAUCCUACCCAUCACUGAACCACCUCAGCAGAAACGCAAUAUGUCUGCAAACAAUAAAAAGAAGCAGAAGAAUUCUGCAGCCUCAGACAUGUCUACAAGGAAGAAACUGAGGGGGAAAAAAAUCACCCAAAGAAUGUAACCAUGGGAUCUUAGAAGGGGAACCUUACUACCCAGUGAAGAGGGUGAUCCGCUGCAAAAUGCAGAAGGGGAUCCGAAUGAAGUUGGUGGAAUGGGAGCCCUGUUCACUCUGUGGGAAAACUUGGCCGCCACAGUGGGUGACGGAGGAGAACACCACAAAUUAAGGAAAUGUUCAAUCCCAUUGUUUUGUUCCAUAAGCUAUGUGUAUGUUGUUUACAGUAUAUUAAAAAAAAUUAAAAA